ACUUGAAGAAAUUUGCCUUGGAUUGCCGUUGAAAUCUAUCCUCAAAUUCAAAACCGUCUCAAAACAAUGGAGAUCUAUCCUGGAAUCGACGAGUUUUGCGGAGAGGCGUAUGAAACUACAAAAGAAGCGGAAAAUCCUGGCGGCCGUAGGAAACCGGACCGAGUAGAAAUUCGAAGGGGACGAAGAGAUGGAGAUGGUUGUGUCAACGUUUUGAACCCUUCCACCGGAAAAUCCCUUAGAUUCCCUUCCGGUCCAGAUCCAGUCACUGCCAACCGCUAUGUUGACGGACAUAGAUACGGUCAUUGGAGCAAAAUUUUCACUGCAUAUUGGGCAAUGGGAUUCGGUAGGGACAAAGUUAAUGGGAUCUAUAAAGUAGUGAGGAUGUUCUUUGAACCUGACCAUUAUUGCGAGAUUCUUGAUGUGAAUAUUGGUGAAUGGCGGAAAUCCAGUCCGCCUCCUUAUUUGGUGGAUGCGAGAAAGAAGUCGGCAUGUGUGAAUGGGUCCAUCUAUUGGUUGCAUGUUCUUACUUUUCAGAUACUAGCUUUGGAUCUUCACACAGAAGAGUUUCGUGAUGUUCCGUUUCAUAAUCUUCCUUCAAGACCGCCUUCACUAGCGAUCACAGAUCAGCUGGUGAACCUUGACGACCGUCUAGCCAUAUCCACAGUCCAUUUUAGGUCUUGGACACUAGCGAUAUGGACCAUGGAUGCAAAAGAAGAAAGAUGGAGCAUGACUUACUCCAUACGUUUAUCCGGUAGAGAUCUUUACCGUCAACCAUCUUCAAUGAAUUUCAGACCAGUGACGGUCACUAAGCAAGGGAAUCUUUUCUUCCAUGACAACGAGAAUAGUAUCUAGACGAGCAUGAGAGAAUUAAUGAGCAAGAGCUUG